GCCCGCGAGGGCUUCCGGGAAGAGCCCGGCACAACCCCGGCCCGCUGCGCGCGGGGGAGCCGGGCCCCGGAGGCCCGAGGGGGCGGCCGCCAUGUGGGACCCUCGGGACUUUGAGCGGCACUGGCGGGCCCAAUUCCCCGGGGAGGAGGCGCCCGUCAUGCGGCUGGACUCGGUGCUGGACGUGGAGCGGGAGCUGGAGCGCUGCAAACUCAACCUGAAGCGGCUGCAACAGGUGUUGGCUGAGGAGAAGUUCAAAGUCUCCUACCUGCAAGCGGCCCUGGCCAGGGAGAAGCGGGACGUCGGCUGCGGGCGCGCGGAGGGCGGACGCGGCGGCAGCCCGGGCGCUGGGGCCGAGGAGCCGGCGCCGGCCGGGCGGGAGCGGGCGCCGCCAGCGCGCACGGAGGGCGGCGACCUUCACUCCUGGCCGGGGCCCGCGGGGGCAGGGGGCGCGGUGCGCAGCUUGACCGCCGCCAUCCACCAGCAGCUGUUGCAGCCGCGCCUGCUCUUCAGGCCCCAGGAGGAGCACGCGCCCCCCGGCCACGAUGACACAGUCCCCAGCGCCCGGGGAGACGAGUUGUCCUCCGGGACUCGCGCGGGGCGGGGCUCGGAGGAGGGCGAGCCGGACGCCUCGGUCGCGGAUGAUGGGGGCAACAGCAGUGAUCACGACUUCGAGAUGGUGGAUUUGAACGAGAAAUUCGUCCUCGGCCACUUACUCGUGGUCCCCUGCCGGCUCGGGGGCCGCGAUGAGGCCGAGAAGCCGGCGCGGGCGGGCAGCCCCCAUCGCUGGAUGCACCUGAUCCACGGGGGCCGGCGGCAGCAGCAGCAGCAGCAGCAGCGCCGGAGCCGCGACCUGGAGCAGCUGGAGGCGGAGGCCAAGGACGGGCGGAGCUCGCCCCUGGCGGCCGAGGAGCGCCCCCGGCGCGGGGCUCGGGAGCACCUCCCCCCGUGGCGGCGCAAGAGGUUCCUGCGGGUGCCGGAGCGGGACUCUCCCAGCCACAGCUCUCCCGAGAGGGGCAGUGACUGUAGCCACAACAGCUCGGACCACGAGGACGGCUUCUCUGCAGACUUCAGCUACGGGGCAGACGACUACGACGGAGAAGGGAAUGAAGAGCAGAAGGGGCCCCCAGAGGGCUCGGAGACCAUGCCAUACAUCGACGAGUCGCCCACCAUGUCACCCCAGCUCAGCGCCCGUGGCCAGGGCGGCGGGGACAGCAUCUCUCCCACCCCACCCGAGGGGCUGGCACCUGGGGUGGAAGCAGGGAAAGGCCUGGAGAUGAGGAAGCUGGUUCUCUCGGGGUUCCUGGCCAGUGAAGAGAUCUACAUUAACCAACUGGAAGCCUUGUUGCUGCCCAUGAAACCCCUGAAGGCCACAGCCACCACCUCCCAGCCUGUGCUCACCAUCCAACAGAUCGAGACCAUCUUCUACAAGAUCCAGGACAUCUAUGAGAUCCACAAGGAGUUCUAUGACAACCUCUGCCCUAAGGUGCAGCAGUGGGACAGCCAGGUCACCAUGGGCCACCUCUUCCAGAAGCUGGCCAGCCAGCUUGGCGUGUACAAAGCAUUUGUGGAUAACUAUAAAGUCGCUCUGGAGACAGCUGAGAAGUGCAGCCAGUCCAACAACCAAUUCCAGAAGAUCUCUGAGGAACUCAAAGUGAAAGGUCCCAAGGACUCCAAGGACAGCCACACAUCAGUCACUAUGGAAGCUCUGCUCUACAAGCCCAUUGACCGUGUCACCAGGAGCACCCUGGUCCUACAUGACCUGCUGAAACACACUCCAGUGGACCACCCAGACUACCCACUGCUGCAAGAUGCCCUCCGCAUCUCUCAGAACUUCCUGUCCAGCAUCAACGAGGACAUCGACCCCCGCCGGACUGCGGUCACAACUCCCAAGGGAGAGACGCGGCAGCUGGUGAAGGAUGGCUUCCUGGUGGAAGUGUCGGAGAGCUCCCGGAAGCUGCGGCACGUCUUCCUCUUUACAGAUGUUCUCCUGUGUGCCAAGCUCAAGAAGACAUCUGCAGGGAAGCACCAGCAAUAUGACUGCAAAUGGUACAUCCCCCUGGCCGACCUAGUGUUUCCAUCCCCUGAAGAGUCUGAGGCCAGCCCCCAGGUGCAUCCCUUUCCAGACCAUGAGCUGGAGGACAUGAAAAUGAAGAUCUCUGCCCUCAAGAGUGAAAUCCAGAAGGAGAAAGCCAACAAAGGACAGAGCCGGGCCAUUGAGCGCCUGAAAAAGAAGAUGUUCGAGAAUGAGUUCUUGCUGCUGCUCAACUCCCCCACGAUCCCAUUUCGGAUCCACAAUCGGAAUGGAAAGAGCUACUUGUUCCUACUGUCCUCGGACUAUGAGAGGUCGGAGUGGAGAGAAGCCAUUCAGAAGCUACAGAAGAAGGAUCUCCAGGCCUUUGUCCUGAGCUCCGUGGAGCUCCAGGUGCUCACGGGAUCCUGUUUCAAACUUAGGACUGUACACAACAUUCCUGUCACCAGCAAUAAAGACGACGAUGAGUCUCCAGGACUCUAUGGCUUCCUCCAUGUCAUCGUCCACUCUGCCAAGGGGUUUAAGCAGUCAGCCAACCUGUACUGUACCCUGGAAGUGGAUUCCUUUGGCUAUUUUGUCAGCAAAGCCAAAACCAGGGUGUUCCGGGACACGACAGAGCCCAAGUGGGAUGAGGAGUUUGAGAUUGAGCUGGAGGGCUCCCAGUCCCUGAGGAUCCUGUGCUAUGAGAAGUGUUAUGACAAGACCAAGGUCAACAAGGACAACAAUGAGAUCGUGGACAAGAUCAUGGGCAAAGGACAGAUCCAGUUGGAUCCACAAACUGUAGAAACCAAGAACUGGCACACAGAUGUGAUUGAGAUGAACGGGAUCAAAGUUGAAUUCUCCAUGAAAUUCACCAGCCGAGAUAUGAGCCUGAAGAGGACUCCAUCCAAAAAGCAGACUGGCGUCUUUGGCGUGAAGAUCAGCGUGGUGACUAAGCGGGAGCGCUCCAAGGUGCCCUACAUCGUGCGGCAGUGUGUGGAGGAGGUGGAGAAGAGGGGUAUCGAGGAGGUCGGCAUCUACCGGAUAUCAGGGGUGGCCACGGACAUCCAGGCGCUGAAGGCUGUCUUUGAUGCCAAUAACAAGGACAUCCUGCUGAUGCUGAGUGACAUGGACAUUAAUGCCAUCGCCGGCACCCUAAAGCUCUACUUCCGGGAGCUGCCCGAGCCCCUCCUCACAGACCGGCUUUACCCAGCCUUCAUGGAGGGCAUCGCCCUGUCAGACCCUGCUGCCAAGGAAAACUGCAUGAUGCACCUGCUCCGCACCCUGCCUGACCCCAACCUCAUCACCUUCCUCUUCCUGCUGGAACACUUGAAAAGGGUUGCUGAGAAGGAACCCGUCAACAAAAUGUCCCUUCACAACCUGGCUACUGUGUUUGGCCCCACGUUACUGAGACCCUCAGAAGUGGAGAGCAAAGCACAUCUCACGUCAGCUGCAGACAUCUGGUCCCAUGAUGUCAUGGCACAGGUCCAGGUCCUCCUCUACUACCUGCAGCACCCCCCCAUUUCCUUCGCAGAACUGAAGCGGAAUACACUGUACUUCUCCACCGACGUGUAGCCAAGAUGGGAGCUGCUGUGGGGACGCCCCGGCCAGCCUCUCCAGCCCGGGGACCCGACACAGACUGGAAAGACUACACUAGGAACCCCCCCCUACCCAGCACUCCAGACUCCAAGGGACGCAGAUUUCCAAGAACUGGAAUAUGUGCAUCUUCCGUGCCACCUGUACAAAGCCGGCUGCCCCCGCCUCCCCCGCCACGCCCCAACCCUGCCCUCCGUACCUCUAGUUGUGUCUAAUGCUCCGUGCCGUUCAGGAAUUGUUUUAUGUCUAUUUGUCAUGCAGAAAUGGUAGUGACCGACCCAGUGUGGGCAUACAGACAGCCUGCUUUGUUCUUUCGUUUCCUCCACCACUUUCUCCCCCCGCCCCCCAAGUCCAGUCCAAGGGCUUUUAUUUUGCGCUCUGUAACUGCUGCCAGCUUCUCCUCUCUUGGCCCUGCUCCCAGAUCGCAGCCUCCGGGCCGCGUCCCCUCGGUUUGCCUCCACCCUCUCCUUCCUCCCAGCCUGCCCACAUGCAUGUGCAGCCUUGGUUUUUGCUCCAUCACUCUGAGAGUUGAGGGGGCCCCGGGUGGCGGUGGCGGCGGUGGCAGUGGCCCCAUCCAAGGCCGCCGCUGGCUGCCCCCCAGCCCUUCCCCCGCCCCCAGCCUGUGGAAGCACACCUGCUUCGCCCUGCUGCCCAUGCACAUGUCAGACACGGAGGCAGCCUCACACUAAUCCUCAGCUUAGCACAGAGCUAGAGAGAUUUCUGGAACUUCCACCUGACAAUCUCCAUUUCUGGGGUUUAUCUGUUCCAACUCCUGCCUCCCAGUGAGGCAUCUUUGACUGUUUCUUCUGCUUUUCAGUUCCUUUUCCCCUGGUGUUCUAUUUUCCUUUGAGUGUAAAGACUCACAAGUGACCUGCUAUUGAGAGAGCCAGAGGGUCAGGAAUCCAGGGACACGGGAGAGUUGGGUCACUGAGGAAACAGGAUGGGCUGAACAUCCAGAAAAGUGCCAUGUAGCACUGGGCACCCUAAGUUGGGGGGAAGCGGCUCUCAGCAGCAAGGGAUUAUAGUGGCUUUUCUACUGGAGCCAGGUCUCUAGGAGGGCAAUGGAUAGGGCUGAAGCAGGUGUCCGGAAGCAGGCAGGCUCCGUCCAGGAGGCAGCCCCUUCCAGGUACCUCUCGUACCUCGUGGUAACUUUGCCUUAGAAUUUACACAUCCUCCACAGCCAAGCACUGCCACAGGGCAGCCCCUAUGGCCACGUGUGCUCCGGGGCCUGGGAAAGACAGGCACAGUCCAGCAGUAGCCAGCCAUCAUGGUGCUGCCUCCCCACCCACAGCUUCUAGAUGUGCCUUUUGGCUGAACUCUAGGAAACUGCAGAAGUUGGGGAGGAAUGAGGAGUCCCAGGCACCUGCCUCUCUUGGGACUGGGCUUUGCUGGGGACAUUGUCGAGUAGAGGAUCAGCAGGUUCUAUUCCCAACCAUGAGACCCAUUUGUCCGUACCAGGAAGGAAUAAGAGGUAUACUGAAAGCGCAGUUUCCUCCCAUCCGAGCAGUAGCUGCCAGCACAUGGCAGUUGGCCUGAGAGAGCAAACCCUCCCGGGCUGCAGGGGCUUGAGCACUGUUUUCUGGCUCUCCUGUGUGGCAGAGAGUAGAGUCUAGGCCCUCAGAAUUAGAGAAACCGCUCCCUUAGCUUGCACUCAGGGCUGAGUUUUAAAGAAGGGUCUGCUGGCCCUAAAGCUAUAUCAUUGGCUUAGUGAGAGGCAGGGCCCUUUCUCAUCUAGUUUACACCUGUUGCCCAGUCUUGGGCAGAACGGUACACAUUCUGUGCACAUGAGAGGAAAGAAAAGCCUAAGGGGAGGGAAAUGAUUCUGACCACGUAGCUGUUAGUGGCUUAGCAAGGAGCCCUGCUCCCUGGGACCGGAGGUGAAGGAACACAAUGGAGUCUAAAGAGCCCAGCCUGUGACCAUCCCUGGUAUCUCUGCUCAGCACUCUGGCGUGUGGCAUGGAAGGCUUAUGCUUCCAAAGCCACUGAUGAUGGUGAACUGGAGGCCCAGCUAGAGCUAGCUACAGCUAAAAGUGGGUGCCUCCCACCUCCCCUAAACGAGAUGUUGGCUUCUCGGCAUCAGGUAGCUACCACAGCCCCCAGGCUUGCUUAGGUGAUCCUGAGAAUAGGAAGGCUGGGGGCGCUGAGAAAUGCAAAAGGCUCAGAAUAUUUAUAAAUCCCACCCCCAGGGUGGGGAGGGGCAGGUACCAGACACAGAAGCAGCUGCACUAAGGAAACAGCCCAUGGGUUCUCCUAAGUCAGGCUGCGCAGCCCAGGACCCCUGGCCACUGCGCCCAGCAGGACAGGCUGUGCCAACAGGAGCCCAGCACCCAGUCUGCAGGAAUCCCAGUGUGCCUGUCCCUGCUGGCAAUGGCUGUUGGCUGCCAGUUUUUGCUGAUACAGGUAGGAUGGGAAUCUUCAUUAAUAUUUGACUUUAAGAAGUUGGUAAGGAUAUAUUUUUUUUGUCUGUUCUGUUUCAACUUAUGUAGAUUAUUAUAAAUUGAUGUAAACCACGUGAGAGGAAAAUGUUAAUAAAAAAAUGCAAAGCCCCAACAUUUGCACACAA